AUGGAACGUCUACGAGUACUCAUAAAGAGCAAUGGACAAUGGAAUGAAGAUCACAAUUAUGUGAACUAUGUGGCUAGUGGAGAAUUCAUACCAACAAAAUGCAACUACGAAGAGCUACUGCAAAUACUGCUUACUUCAUUGGGGUGCGAAAACACCAGAACAACACUACAAAUACAGUACCAAGCUAAAGAAGGAAUACCACCGAUAAAAAUAUUCAACGAUCGAAGCCUCUACUUUUACUUGGAAUUGAAAAUCAAAGAAACAGAUUUCACCACAUAUCCACUAUGCGUCAACCAGCAAAACAACAACACAACACCUGCUGCAACACCAAAUUUGAUAUCCACAACAACACCGUAUGAAGAUAAUGUGCAAACAGAAGAAGGGGAACAGUCAGAAACAAGAGAAGAUGAGAACGACAAAUUCGACAUAAUUGACUAUGCAAAUCUGGUUGCUGAAGAAAUGGUAGAAAAACUUGAAAACACCAGUAAAAAACUGGAUCCAGAAAUCGACAUCAACAAUGCAAAAUUAAUAACAGACAAGCAUCACCCCGAAGUGGAAAAAAGACAGGCAUACAAAGACAAGGAAACUCUAAAGAAUGUCCUCAGCUACUACGCAAUCAAAAACAACUUUCAGUACAAAGUGUGGAAGUCCUGCUCUCAAGAGUACAGUCUGAAAUGUGUUUACGAAAGCUGCAAUUGGUCUCUACGAGCAUCGAGAAAUGGCCCAACAAACACAUUCAUAAUCAGGAGGUUCUCAAAAAUCCACACAUGCCCCAUAAAUAUUAGGCAUGAAGACCAAAGGCAAGCAACAUCGAAACUGAUCGGGGAAUGCAUAAAACCGAAGUUUCUGAACAUAAAGACAAAGGCAACACCGAUGGACAUAAAAGGAGAGUUGAAAUACAGGUAUGGCAUCAAGAUGAACUACAUGAAAGCUUGGAGAAGUAAGGAACAUGCAGUAAAUGACUUAAGAGGAAACGCUAGUGACUCGUACAACUUAAUACCGAGUUUCUUACACAUGGUGGAAAAAACAAACCCAGGAUCAGUUGUGGAUCUGAAAACAACAGAAGACAACAGCUUGCUCUUUGUUUUCAUGGCAUUGGACGCAUCCAUAAAAGGGUGGGGAGCAUGCAGACCGAUAGUUGUUGUGGACGGAACAUUCCUCAAAGCAGCUUAUGGGGGAACUUUGUUGUGCGCAUGCACACAAGAUGCAACAGGUCAUAUUUUUCCACUAGCGUUUUGUGUUGCAGAUUCUGAGAAUGACCAAUCUUGGAAAUGGUUCUUCAAAAAAUUUAAAGAAGCGUAUGGGGUCCGGGAACACCAAUGCCUAAUUUCAGACAGGAAUGAAAGCCUCAUCAAAGCAGCAAGAGAAAUCUAUCCAGAAAUUACACACAGUUACUACGGGGUACCACAUUUUGAGCAACCUUAA